AUCGUUGAAACAAGUUUUUGCUAGUACUUCACUGUAGCAUUAUUUGAAGAAUCUUUAAACUACCCGAACAAAUAUCUGACUCCUGCCCGUUGUCCCCCUUCUGUUAUGAGUCGGUCACCUGCCCGUUCUUUCUCCCCACCCACCCCGCCUUCCCGGGCAGCUCCAUUACUCCUCUCUUCUUUCUUCCCAACACUUCAUAUAAAUAUGUAAACUCUCACACUUCCUCCACUCUCCACCACCACCAGCACCACCCUUCUCCGCCGUCCACGGCGGUGCAAAGAGGAGCUAUAAUGGGUCAAGGACUUAGCUGUGGAACAAGUGAUGAGCAUGGUUUAUUCAGUGCUGUUCAGUGUGGUGAUUUGGAGACAUUAAAUGCUGUUUUAGAGAAAAACUCGUCUCUUAUUCAUCAUUCUACUGUAUAUGAUCGACAAUCUCCCCUUCAUAUUGCUUCUGCCAAUGGCCAGAUCGAGGUUGUUUCUAUGCUGUUGAACAAAUCUAUCAAUCCAGAUUUGUUGAAUCGCUAUAAGCAGACUCCGUUGAUGUUAGCAGCAAUGCAUGGGAAGAUCUCUUGUGUGCAAAAACUAAUUGAAGCAGGAGCCAAUAUUUUAAAGUUUGAUUCACUUAAUGGAAGAACAUGUUUGCACUAUGCUGCAUAUUAUGGUCACUUUGAAUCCCUUAAAGCAAUUCUUUCUGCGGCUCGUACAUCUCAUGUUGCAGCAUCUUGGGGAUAUGCCCGGUUUGUGAAUGUCAGAGAUGGUAAAGGAGCAACACCUUUGCACUUAGCAGCCCGUCAAAGACGGCCUGAAUGUGUUCACAUUUUGCUUGACAAUGGCGCUCUGGUUUGCGCUUCAACCGGUGGAUAUGGAUUUCCUGGUAGCACUCCACUUCAUUUGGCUGCAAGAGGUGGUUCUCUUGAUUGCAUCCGUGAAUUGUUGGCGUGGGGAGCAGAUCGACUACAUAGAGAUGCCUCGGGGAGAAUACCAUACACGGUUGCUUUAAGGUACCACCAUGGCGCCUGUGCGGCUUUGUUGAAUCCUUCAUCAGCGGAGCCUCUUGUGUGGCCAUCGCCGUUGAAAUUCAUCAGUCAGCUCAAUGAUGAGGCGAAAGCUUUACUAGAACGUGCCUUAAUGGAAGCAAAUAAGGAGAGGGAAAAAAAUAUUAUAAAGGGGACAGAGUACUCUCCACCUUCCCCAACCCAAUCUGAUGGAGGGAUGGAUGACAACAUCUCUGAGGUCAGUGAUAUGGAAGUAUGUUGUAUAUGUUUUGAUCAAUUAUGCACAAUCGAGGUGCAGGACUGCGGGCAUCAGAUGUGUGCACAUUGCGUACUAGCCUUAUGCUGUCAUAACAAGCCAAACCCGACCACGGCCAGUCCACCAGAACCCGUGUGUCCAUUCUGCAGAAGCAAUAUUGUACAGUUACAAGCUAUCAAGGUCACAAAGGCCGACAACACAGACCGUGAUCUCCACUCCUCAAAGCUUCGAAUAUCCAGGAGAUCACGAAACUUCAGCGAAGGCAGCAGUAGUUUUAAGGGGUUAUCAGCAGUAAGUUCUUUUGGCAAAAUGACUGGUCGUGGCUCGGGUAGGAUUGCUGCUGCUGAAAACGAAUGGAUCGGUAAGCCAAUAACCCUUGAUUGAUAUCAAAGUUUCCAACUUUGGUAAUUAAGAACAUUCCAGAGUGGGGUCAUGCUUCUCAAAUGGUAUAUAUAUAUAGAUUGAUCUUUCUCCAUAUGUUUUGUAGAUUUGGGAAAUAAGCAAAGUUGAAAUCAUUUGCAGGCCUUUGUUAGAUGAGUACUAUAUUAUUUGUGUGGGUCACAAAAAAAGAGUGUUGCUUGUAAAAUCUUGUUUCCUUGUUCUUGAAAAAAGGGUGGAGGUUGUUAGGGCCUAUUAGUAGCUAGUCACUUUGGAAUAGAUAAAAUUCUUUGCAGCUUUUUACCCCCUCCCCCCUCCCACCCCCCCUCUUUUUUUUUUGCGCUUGUUGUGUUUUACCUUAUUUGGUGGAGAAACACAAUAUUCUUCCAUCGUCCCCUCACCAUGGUGAUUGAUGAAGUUUGCAUUGGGAAAGAGUCAAAAUCGAAGAAAGCAAUUAGAUCCCACCUUGCCCUAUCUCUUUUCUUUAAAUUAAAGCAGCCUCGAGGUGUGAAAUGAACUACAUACAGUAUUGUUUAUUAUAUUAGGGAAAAAGGUGUGAAAUCAUGAAUUACCAUUGUAUCAAUUAUUUUAUUGAAAAAUAUUGUAUUGUAUAAUAAUAAUAAUAAUAGUAAUAUAUGGUUAGUUGCAA